AUCUCCCGAGCCAAAAGCCACAUCUGGACCAUCUUCUGGUGAAGAUUUUGCACAUCGAAUACUUGCUAAAUACGGUUGGCAAGAAGGAUUAGGAAAAGAUGAACAAGGUAUUAAUGAACCUUUGAAAGUCCAAAAAACAGAUUAUAGAUCAGGAAUUAUCGUUAAUACAUCCACCAACAUACCGGAAGCGAAAUCUACGGCGAAAAGUGACACAGCUUCUUCAAGUGUUGAAAUUCCUUCAAGAGUAAUUUUAUUGACAAAUAUGGUUGGUCAUGGUGAAGUGGACGAUACUCUUCAAGAGGAAACGGCUGAUGAAUGCAAUGAAAAAUAUGGUGCUGUAGAACGUUGCCUUAUCUUUGAGGUACCUAAUGGAAAAUUGCCAGAUGAUCAAGCUGUAAGAAUAUUCGUGAAAUUUGAGACACAAGCGGCUGCAUUAAAGGCAAAGAAAGAUCUUAAUGGUCGUUUCUUCGGAGGUCGUUCUGUAACAGCCAAGGCCGCAGACAUAAACUUGGACGAUGGUGCAGUUAGUGUAUUCUCUCUUUGUGAACAAUAA